UCAGUCUACGCGCGUGACGGACGUGCCUAUCGCGAGGUGUUCUCGUUAGCCUGGAUAGUUAGCUAGCUGCGAAAAGCUUGACGGCGUGCUUACGCUUUUCAGGCUGCUUUUAAAUGAAGCUUUAACAACAGGGAGGCUUAUUUAUACGAAUUUGCUAUCCACCUAUCCACUUGAGAGAAAGGAUAACCGGCCGACAAAGGGUUUGCACGGAUCCCAAUGAUGAGUUAUGCUGAAAAGCCUGAGGACAUCACGAAAGAGGAGUGGAUGGAGAAACUAAAUAAUGUUCACAUACAGAGAGCGGACAUGAACCGUCUUAUUAUGAAUUACCUGGUGACAGAGGGCUUUAAAGAAGCAGCAGAGAAGUUUCGGAUGGAGUCCGGGAUCGAGCCCAGUGUGGACCUGGACUCAUUAGAUGAAAGGAUAAAAAUAAGGGAGAUGAUCCUCAAGGGCCAGAUACAGGAAGCUAUCGCACUCAUCAACAGUCUGCACCCAGAGUUGCUGGACACCAACCGUUACUUGUACUUUCACCUACAGCAGCAGCAUUUGAUUGAGUUAAUCAGGCUAAGAGAGACUGAGUCAGCGCUGGAGUUCGCUCAAACACAGCUGGCGGAGCAGGGGGAGGAGAGCCGGGAGUGUCUGACAGAGAUGGAGAGAACGCUAGCCCUUCUAGCCUUCGACAACCCAGAGGAGUCACCCUUUGGAGAUCUGCUCAACAUGAUGCAGCGACAGAAGGUAUGGAGCGAAGUCAACCAAGCCGUACUGGACUAUGAAAACAGGGAGUCAACACCCAAACUGGCUAAACUCCUGAAGUUACUGCUGUGGGCUCAAAAUGAGCUGGACCAGAAGAAGGUGAAAUACCCCAAAAUGACAGAUCUCAGCACAGGCACCAUCGAGGACCCCAAGUGAACAUGACAAACGGCCCCCCUCCACAUCUCCCUUAUUUAUAAUCAGUCAGUGACUGUGUGACAGCCAGGUAAAUACAUGUAUAAAAAUGUUUUUUUUUUCAUACAUGAAAACUAUUUAAACUUGUUCAAAAUGUACAUUGCUGUAUUUGCAAAGUAUCAGGAGUUAUUCCGUUUAAUUACAGAUCCUUAAAUUUUAGGUAGAUUUCAGUGAAUACACAAAUUGCUGAUUAUAUUAAGUAUUUUCAAAGCCUACACCGUGUAUGUUAUUUAUUGUGGAUGUCUUUUUUUUUCCCACAAAGCUUGGUUUUGCCAAUGCAGGAAUAAGUUGUGUAAAUGAACGGUGUUGACGCUCUCUGUACGACAGAAAUGGUUUCAAACACGCCGGUGUGCUGAAGACGUGUUUUCUCCUGAGUGGGUGGACGCUUCCAAAUCGCAAUGUUGGUUAUGACCGAAUUUACUAACAAAGUAUUGCUAUUUUUUAGGGUAAUGUAUAAGUACCUUCACUGUUAUAAUACAGUUUCAUUGUGUUAUGAUUUUAUUCCCCAUGCUGUUUGAAAAUUUGCUAUAAAACCUGCUGCAUUCUUUUCCAA